AUGGAUACCAACGUAGUUACAGUAUCUGAUUGCUGUAAAUUCAUUGCUAGAAUUAGUGAUACUGUAUUGGAAAUAAUAGAUUUAUCGCAUUUUACAACAUUUAGAUCUUAUGAUUUAUACGAUACCGUAGAGAAGUAUCUCCAGAUCAAGCUUCGACAGAAACCAAUAUUUACUCAUUUGCAAUGGGAAAAGGUGAUCCCAGGUUCAGAUUCUUCAAAGAUAGGUGUUAUAGUUGACAAUGUUCCACUUUUGAUAAUUUUUGAUUUCACAAACAUGGAAGCUGAGCCAAUAUUUAUUAAACAACCAAGACAAGAAGGCAUCGAAUAUUUCGAAUGGAUACCACCAGUAUCACAAGAAAAGGAGAUUGGUGCAUACAAGAACAGUUGUCAGUUGAUUGUUUAUUCCAAGUUAAAUUUGAAUGCCAAGGUUUAUUCAUUAGAUUGUACGCAUAUUUUGUUUACAAUUUAUAAACCAAUCUCAUCAUUGAUAAUUAGACCGGCCCAUGACAAUAGGUUUUGGUCUAUUUUUGCCAACACUUUAGAGUACAAUGUACCUCCAAUACUAUAUCAUUUUUACAAUGAAGGUUCCAUUAGUGUAUUGAUACAACACAUAAAGUUUCCACAGCCUAUUAGUACAGCCCCGGUAAUAAAGUGGUCACCAUCUGGAUCUUGGUUGCAGUUAUUCAAUGACAAUGAAAAUAUUUUCGGCUACCACUUGAUGGUAUUUAAUCUAUUAGGACAAAUAUUAAAUGAUAAAACAAUCAAACCAUUGAUAGAUGUUGAAUGUAUGAGCGAAGGCUACACAACCAGUAGAGAAGAUGGUCAUAUAAGUCUAAGCAACUGUCAAUUUGAAUCCAAUUGGUUGAAUUUGGAAUUGGGGAACGAGAUGAUUAUUAUAACAAGUGUUCAAGAAAGAAUUAUGGAAUUUCAACUUGUAUCAAUGAGUCUUCUAAGGAUUGAAAAAGCCAUAAAACUCAACAUUAAUAAUACACAGGGAUGGAUACAGACAUCCAAUGGGUUUACUUAUAGAAACAUUACUUUACCAGUUCACGAAGAGGAAUGGAAAAUAUCUAAAAUCUCAAUCAACAAUCAAGAUAUCUUCAUUUGUAUCAACAAGUCAAUUAUUGUACACUAUAAGAUAAGUGCAAUUCGUUCGGAUGUGUCUAUUGGAUUUAACUACAUGAUCCAAACUAGUUCAAGUAUUACCAACCUUGAGAUGUGGAAUGAUAAUCUACUUAUAAUUACUGAAGACGAAGUGCACCUAGCAAGUGGUGAUGCUUCAAAACCAAAGAGAAUAUUUAGAACAAGAGGUACAAUAAAGCUGUGCAGCAUACGACACAAUCAAAUGGUGGUUAUCCAUAAUACUACUCAAGGAGCUAAUUGGCAAGUUGUUGAGUUGGAACAAUCUAAACAAAGUCCAAUAAAGAGAAAACAUCUUUUAGGAAAUAUUUCAAUAAUGUCAGAUGAAGUAACGGAUACCUUUGACAAUAGAAAACGAAUAAAAACUAAAUAA